GUGGGGCUGUGCAGACUGAUGGGAAGUGCUGGGAAUGCUGAUGUCCCUUAUUUCCCUCAGGUUUCCCCUCUCCCUAGGAGGUGGAGGGAAAGGGAGAAGGCAGCUGCUGGGAGCAAGACCAUUCACCAUGGAGGAGAACAGUACAACAAACCUCACCCUGAACAAUACACUUUAUGGAUCUAUGGACUGGGAGGAAUAUAUCACAUCUCAAUGCUUGAGCAUUCCCUACACCUUGAUUGCCUUUGCAGGGGUGUGCCUGGGGAUUUCCCUCUGUGGGCUGGCAGGGAAUGGGGUGGUCAUGUGGUUCCUGGGCUUCCACACAAAGCAGAGUCCUUUCACUGUCUACAUCCUGAAUCUGGCUGUUGCUGACUUCUCCCUGCUCCUUCUGUUUGUCCUGCUUAUGUUGGCUUUUCUGACCUUAGCAGCAUUUUGCACAUCUUUGUUUCCUUUUAUUCAUCACUAUAGAUAUUUUGUGUUCGUCCUUGCAUUCCUGUGCCACGUGUUUGACCUGAGCAGCCUGGGGCUGCUGGCAGCCCUCAGCGUGGAGCGCUGCAUCUCCGUCCUCUGCCCCAUCUGGUACCGCUGCCACCGCCCCCGGCACCUCUCGGGCGUCGUCAGUGGGGCCCUCUGGGCCCUCGCAGGGGGUUUUGUGUCCUCCCUUUACCUCACCUACACCUACACCGAAGACUCUGUGAACAUCCUUGCAGGUGUAGCCCUCGCCAUUUCCGUGGUUUUUUCCCUCAUGAUGUUGGUUUCCAACCUGUUCCUGUUCCUCAGGCUGCGCUGUGGCUCCCGGAGGCGGCAGCCAGGGAAGCUCUUUGUGGCCAUCCUGCUCAACAUCCUGCUGUUCUUCGCCUUCGGCAUCCCUUUCUGCGUGGAGGUUUUCCUCAAUCUCCCUUAUUCUGGUGCUUUAUUCCCAGAACACACCUCCUUUUUGCUGGCAGUUCUGAACUGCUCCCUCAACCCGGUGAUUUACGUGCUGGUGGGGAGCUGCCGGCGGCGUCGCUUCCAGCGCUCCGUUAGAGUCGCUCUGCGGAGGGUGUUUGAGGAGAAAGCUCAGAGUGACGAGGGGAGCCACGGCCCUGGGGACACUGUGGUGGAGGUGACAGCUCUCUGAGGUGCUUCUGGACAUGAGGCACUUCUGGAGAUGUGGCACCUCAGAGAGAGCCAGAAAGAUGGGAAAACAUGGCUCUGAGCUCUGUCCUGUUCCUGUAUUCCCCACGGAACGACCCUCAUUGCCUUGGCCCCAAGGAAUAAACUCUGCUAUACUGAUCAUUUUCAUUUUGUUACUACCCCUAAAUCAUAUUCCGAUUUCUGCCUUUUGUUACUUUUCAGUGUGGUAACUCCGGCCCCAGAUUUUAUUGAAUAAACAACAUCUGGGGUUUGCUGCAGAGGUUGUCACUGGAAAACAGUGUCCAAAAAUGGCUCAAUUACUUUUUUUUCCCCAUACUAAAGCCUCUGGCUUGUCUGUGAGGAGGUCAGGUAUCUGUCUCAUUUCAGAGCUCUUCUAAUGGCUGGUGCCUGCUAUGGUUGAAAUGAGCUGUCUGUUGACAGUUCCAAGAGCUCCUCAUUCCUUCUUGGAAAAGCAGUUUGUGUCAGGUUCCUCUUAGAAAUACUAACUAUGAAAUCAUGCCUUUGAAUGAGUGAAAAUUCCCCCUAUCAUUCCACAGGGAGAUUUUUAGGACCCUGCAGAAAUAAACUAUAACUUUUGCUUCAAAUCUAGUUUUCCCACGUGCAUGCUGCAAUUUCAGUGACCCUGGACCUUCACCAUGCAGUUUCCAAGAGGAUUCAUGCAAUAAUCAAUUCUGUGCCUGAGAUGGAGCACAGCAACAGAGCAGAGGGAUGAUUUAGGAUUUCAGCAAUGUAAUUUCUGCUGAGAAGAGGCAAAUCAAUGCUGCUCUUCUGGCUUUAAUCCUUAGAAAGUUGCAGGUUUCCCCUGAGUCAUCUUCCACACUCCCUUGGCAGUCAGACAGCAGCCUACAGUGAAUUCCAAGGAACUCCUAGAAAGCUGAGGUGAGAUGAUUCCUACCCAGGUUGACAUGUGCCUCAGGGAUUUGGAAUGCUCCUGCUGGAAACUGGCAUAUAUGGUGGCCCCGGGAUCAGAACUGUCACCUCUCUUCCCUGCUGACACCAUUUUUGUAUCCCCAGCUAUGGAAUCUCACAUCUCCCACAGCCCAGUCCUUUCAAGGGCAAACACUUCAUGACCCAGGAGAUGACAGUACUCCAGUAGAGGUGAAGAGGGAUUUUGGACAAGGGCAUGGAGUGACAGGACAUGGGGGAACAGUUUCCCACUGACAGAGGAUGGGUUGACAUUGGAUAUUGGGAAGGAAUCCUUCCCUGUGAA